AUGGGUCGGACGUGCAUCCUCGGCGAUGCCGCGCAUCCCAUGCUUCCGGACCAAAGCCAAGGGGCAUGUCAAGCGAUCGAGGACGCCGCGGCCUUGGGCCUCAUCUUCGGCCGGGACUAUACCUACACGUCCGAUGUCGCGGCCGGACUGGCGCUGUAUGAGAUGGUCCAGAAACCCAGGGCCACGAAAGUGCAGGCGGCCAGUGCGCGGGCGCGGGAAAACAUCAAUGAGAGGAUCGGCUUUUCGAGCAUGAAGAUAGGGUACAAAGCGGCGGUGGCGAUGGGUAAAUUGACCAUCGACGAGAUGAACCUGUACGACAUGCGAAGAUACGUCGCUGACGAGGCGGCACCGCAGCGCAGGAGCAGGAGCGAUGUGAUUUCCCACAAGGGCGCCUUUGUUCCGCUCAUGUCGGUUUCCAGGAUGCCAGAGCAGUGGGCCAGGAUGUAA